AUGCUUAGCAUUUUUAUCGUCGUCUCUGCCGGCAACCUCUACGAUGAUAUCCGCCUUGCAUGGGGCGAUAAUCGAUGUAAGAUAGUCAACAAUGGAGAGCUUCUGAAGGUCACACUUGACAAAGUUUCAGGCUCAGGAUUUGAGUCAAAGAAAACAUACCUGUAUGCAAAGAUAGAAAUGCAAAUCAAGCUCGUCGCUGGAAACUCCGCUGGCACUGUCACGGCAUUUUAUUUAUCAUCCAAAGGGGAAUACCAUGAUGAGAUAGACUUUGAAUUCUUGGGGAAUGAAACCGGUCAUCCGUACACGCUUCAUACUAAUGUUUUCUGCCAAGGAAAGGGCAGCAGAGAGCAGCAAUUCCGCCUUUGGUUCGACCCGGCUGCCGAUUUCCAUACUUACUCCAUCCUCUGGAAUCCCAAGCACAUUCUAUUCACCGUGGCAAAUCAAAAAAACGUUUUGCCUUGUGAUUAUUGCAAAGACACAAAGCGGUUCCCUCAAGGCCUCCCCAAGGAAUGCUACCUGAACGAUGAUCUCAAAUAUUAG